AUGCGACAAACCUUUACUGAACCGUCUUCCUUUCAGUUAUUCUUCCAUUAAAUGACAGGAAACUCUUGACGAAAUGGCUUAAGGAAGUGAAAAGUUGACGCGAUAUAACUGGUAGGCCCGAGGUAAUGGUGUUUUGGCUUCUCAUCUUGGACUUGAGUAAGAUCUCAUCUUGCAGCUGAGUAAAAUCUCUGAAGCUCCUCUGAGCCGCAGACAUUCGAGCGGUGGUAAAAAAUGGCGGCUCUCAGUAAAUAUGUCACUGCCAAGAACUCCUCCAUAGCAGGUGGCAUAUUGCUGCUGAUAUACCUGCUGAAAAACAGACGACGAGGGCCAGUGAAGGAAUGUCCAAAAGCAGGAUCGGAUCUGCUACUAAACAUUGAGAAGGAUGGCAAAAAAGAUCGUGCUGCAGUGGACAAGCUUUUCUUUCUUCGGAUUCUACAGCUUUUGCGAAUCAUGGUUCCUGGUUUGUUCUGCAUGGAGACGGGAUACCUUCUUCUUAUUGCUGUCAUGUUGGUGGCGAGGACCUACUGUGACGUAUGGAUGAUUCAAAAUGGCACAUUGAUUGAAAGUGCAAUUAUUGGUCGCUCAACUGAACACUUCAGGACCUACUUGUUCAGCUUUGUCCGAUUCAUGCCACUUAUAGCCUUGGUGAACAACUUCCUCAAGUUGGGCCUGAACGAGCUGAAACUCAAGUUUCGAGAGAGGCUCACCAAGAAGCUGUAUGACCAGUACUUACAGGGUUUCACCUACUACAAAAUGGGCAACUUGGACAACCGCAUUGCCAACGCAGACCAGUUGCUAACGCAGGAUGUGGAAAAAUUCUGCAACAGUGUAGUGGACCUCUAUUCCAACCUGAGCAAGCCCUUGCUGGAUAUUGGCCUGUACAUCUUCAAGCUAGCAAGUGCCAUCGGAGCCCAGGGCCCAGCCAUCAUGAUGUCAUAUCUGCUCAUCUCGGGUUUGCUGCUGACCAGACUGAGGAGACCCAUCGGCAAAAUGACAGUCACAGAGCAGCGAUAUGAGGGAGAGUACCGCUACGUCAACUCUCGCCUCAUCACCAACAGUGAGGAAAUCGCCUUCUACAACGGGAACGUGAGAGAAAAACAGACCAUUCACAGCACGUUUCAGAAACUGGUUGACCAUUUACACAACUUCAUAUUCUUUCGUUUUUCAAUGGGAUUUGUGGAUAGCAUCAUUGCCAAGUACAUUGCCACUGUGGUGGGUUAUCUGGUGGUCAGCAGGCCGUUCUUAAACCUCUCCCAUCCACGACAUCGGCACAGCACACAGUCUGAGCUACUGGAGGAUUAUUAUCAGAGUGGGAGGAUGCUCCUGAGGAUGUCCCAAGCCCUUGGAAGGAUUGUUCUGGCUGGUCGAGAAAUGACCAGGCUGUCUGGAUUCACAUCUCGUAUCACUGAGCUGAUGAAAGUCCUAAAGGAGUUAAAUUUGGGCAAAUAUGAGCGCACCAUGGUGUCCCAGCAAGAGAAGGAAUCUGACACGACAGAAAGAAAUCUACUGGUGCCUGGAAGUGGUAAAAUCAUCAACCGAGAUAACAUCAUCAAAUUUGACCAUACCCCCUUGGCAACACCAAAUGGAGACAUCCUCAUCAGAGAGCUCACAUUUGAGGUGAGUUCUGGCACCAAUGUUCUUGUGUGUGGACCAAAUGGUUGUGGCAAGAGCUCGCUGUUUCGAGUGCUUGGAGAGCUUUGGCCUCUGUUUGGAGGACAGCUGACUAAACCAGAGAGAGGGAAGCUCUUCUAUGUUCCACAGAGACCCUAUAUGACUCUGGGUUCUCUGAGAGAUCAGGUUAUCUACCCUGACACUCAGGAAGACCAGAGGAAGAAGGGAAUAUCUGAUCAGGUAUUGAAGGAGUACUUGGACAAGGUUCAGCUGGGCCACAUCUUGCAGAGGGAGGGGAGUUGGGACUGUGUGCAGGACUGGAUGGAUGUUCUAAGUGGAGGAGAAAAGCAGAGGAUGGCUAUGGCCCGACUCUUCUACCACAAACCCCAGUUUGCCAUCCUGGAUGAGUGCACCAGUGCUGUGAGUGUGGAUGUGGAGGACUACAUCUACAGCCACUGCAGGAUGGUGGGCAUUACUUUGUUUACGGUGUCUCACAGAAAGUCUCUUUGGAAGCAUCAUGAGUACUAUCUGCACAUGGACGGCAGAGGAAGCUAUGAAUUUCAAGCCAUCACUGAAGAGACUGUGGAGUUUGGCUCUUAGUCGCUUGGUGAGUCCUGACUCACGUGACUUGCACUGCUCUGCUAAUCCAUUUGCACACCCUCGUUAAUAGUCAUGAGAUUUUCACUAAAUGAGCUGUACUACACGUUUGUCACUCACACAAAGGAGUUGCCAAUAUGGUGACUUACAAACAUGAUGAUGUCAUUGUUGACUUAAAAAGAUUGUACUAGUAAAUAUAUGUAAUUACUCAUGAUUUCUCAAGGUAAUCUUGUCAUCAUAAAGUGUCUUUUUGAGUCGAGAUAAGAGAUGAGCUCAUUCAAGUUGAAAUGGGACAGAUUUAACAUCUGGACAGUUCCAGGUGGUCCUCAGAUUACGUAGGUCUUCCUUUCACCUUGGCCUCUUAAUGCUAACCAAGACAUCACAUCGGCAGAUUAUGUAGGUCUUCCUUUCACCUUGGCCUCUUAAUGCUAACCAAGACAUCACAUCGGCAGAUUACGUAGGUCUUCCUUUCACCCUUGCCUCUUAAUGCUAACCAAGACAUCACAUCGGCAGAUUAUGUAGGUCUUCCUUUCACCUUGGCCUCUUAAUGCUAACCAAGACAUCACAUCGUCAGAUUAUGUAGGUCUUCCUUUCACCCUUGCCUCUUAAUGCUAACCAAGACAUCACAUCGUCAGAUUAUGUAGGUCUUCCUUUCACCCUUGCCUCUUAAUGCUAACCAAGACAUCACAUCGGCAGAUUAUGAAGGUCUUCCUUUCACCCUUGCCUCUGAAUGCUAACCAAGACAUCACAUCGGCAGAUUAUGUAGGUCUUCCUUUCACCCUUGCCUCUGAAUGCUAACCAAGACAUCACAUCGGCAGAUUAUGUAGGUCUUCCUUUCACCUUGGCCUCUUAAUGCUAACCAAGACAUCACAUCGGCAGAUUAUGUAGGUCUUCCUUUCACCCUUGCCUCUGAAUGCUAACCAAGACAUCACAUCGGCAGAUUAUGUAGGUCUUCCUUUCACCUUUGCCUCUGAAUGCUAACCAAGACAUCACAUACAGUCAUAAAAAGUAUGAAAGGAAAGCAUUGCAAACUUUUAACUCUGUGCUCGCUACAAAGGUUGUUGCAAGAGAGGGAGAGACAGCCAUAUCCAUUUUACUUUAUAGUGCUCGUCAUGUUUGAGAGCCGCUCCACAUUUUCCCACAUCUAAUUUCACUUUCACUUUCCUUUCCCCCAAAAAUACCUUCCUCCCACCGCAUAUUGUAAAAAUCAAAUGAAAGCAAAAUAAGGCAGCAGUAUCAAGAGGAGAAAGAAGAGCCACAGGUGUUAUGUAAGGAGGAAGAGUAACCAUUAAUAAUAAUAACACAUGUUGACAAUUCAAAUAUGACAAUGCUCCCUUUCCUUUGGGUUUGGGAGGUCUGCUUCCUCCUGUUAGAUCAUGCUAAUAACCAUCCACUGCAUGCAAGACCAGUAAGAGUCUUUGUUGCACCGCAUGGGAGUCGUCCUCCUUACCGUCCAGUCUAGUUGGUGUUUGCGGAUGAGAAUGAGGGUUUGCAAGCACCUUGCCAACCAGGAAAGAGCGUACCCUCAGGACCACCUGUAUUCAUUGUGGAAAGUUCAUAUUCAACCUGACAACACAUUUCAACCCGGUCAAGGUUGUAUUUGUUAUGCCGAUGGUCGAUACUCGUGUGUUUCAAGUUUCACUGAUGAUCAUCAAUUGUAGCUGCACUUUUUCUUCAUUAGUCUCAGCGCUGAUCAACUUGAACUGACAAAGCCUCAAUGUAUGACAUUUCUCAAAUGAUGCGGGGACCAUGAGUCUGUAUGAAAUAACCAGCUAAUAAACAACCCUUUCAUUGAACCCCACGUUGCAACCCCCCCACCUAUAAGAGUUCUUUCUUCUUGCUUUUGAAUGUAGAAUUUUCACUGUGGUUCAGAGUUGUUGUUCUGCAAUUUCUUCCAGCCCUUUUGGAAAAUAGAAUCGAGUUGGCCCGGCCUGCGGACCUUAUCAAACAAAGUGCUUACAGCGAUCUGCAUCGUUAAGCCAUUUAACUCCGGUACUACAGCAAAACAUGCUGGCAAGUGCGUCAUCCGCCCAUUGCACAGAUGCAAACUCUUCUGGGUUACACAUCUCAUGGAUUGUGAUGUUUUUGUGUUGCUAUAAAUUAGCGUAGCCUUUGCUCUGUAUUGAAAGUAACAACUGGGCCAAAACAAGCAUACAACAAGCCGACCAGCAGAAAGUAGACAUUUCCCCUCUCCCGUGUCAAAAUAUCCAUUUUGGCCCUCACGCUAAAGUAGACCUUGAGUUUUGGCCCAGUGUGACUCCAGCUGUAUGCAUGCAGCGCCACCAAGCUAUGGAAGAGAACAUGCAGUAUACUGCUUAGCAACAACUAUCCGCCGUUCAACCUCGAGCAUUAAAAGAUAAGUCUCCAGCUGCUGGCUUCAAGGUUUGGACUCCCAGUUAGAAAUGUUCACUUGAAGGUAUCAAGUGAUUACUACUGCUUAUUCCUGUCACUUGUUCAAUAUUACAUCCCUUUGAGAUGUGUAUGUAUGCAAACUGUCAACUGGGACUGCCCAACCUUUUUUGACCCACGCAGUGGCUUGCGUUCCAACAAUAUCUGGCGGACAGGACGGAAUAUGAUGUAUAAGUAAUGUAUAUUUGAUGUAUUGUGUAAAAGACAGAUCAACAUGAAAUUCAAAGCACUACAUGAAUACAUCAUCACAUCUUAGCUUGAUGCUUCCCAUAUAGUAGCAGCAUUUGGAGCAAAUAGGAGGUGGAAGAAAAAGUCUAGCGGCGCAGCCUGGGACAAAGUUAGCAAAGUGGCGCAUUUGGGACGGGCCACCGCUCGCAACAAACAUGCAAAAAAUAUACAUACAAAAACUUGGAACUGUAUAUAUAUUUUUUUAAUGAAAUAAUCACCCUUAUUUCCCCAAUUAAUGCAUUUGCAUAAAAUGUGAUUAAUAAUGAACACAUUCAUUUUUUUUAAUCAUUAUCAUUCGGCCCUGUCCAUGGUGCUGUUUUCGGCCCCGUCCAUGGUGCUGUUUACCAAACAGUGCUGAAGCAUUUUAGUGUUUAUAAACAACAGUCUAGUCAAUGGUGAUGGACUCCUUUAUGUCAGUUUCCAGUGUGAAAGAAGCUAAAUAUUGGAAGAGUGUACACAAAGCCAAUCAUUCAUCUCAACAAAACAAUGACACUCGCAGGAAUUUUUCUCUUGGAUCUUAUAUCCAAUAUCACCAUCACCUCAAUCUUUCAAAUAUCUUUUCAGCUAUGCGUGCCGUACAUGAAAGUACGUGCUUUGCCUGACCAGCUUAUCUUAUCACUCUUUGUUGCUUCCAACAUCACCUUCAAUCAGAAGGUGAAAGUGUCAACAUCACGUCGGUCUCUCCGUAGCAAGGUGAACGUGUCCACAUCACCUUCUCAGUAGUAAGGUGAACGUGUCCACAUCACAUCACCUUCUCA